UCAGCCCCCUCGCUUAUAUACUUCGGGAAUGGGCCAAGGUUCCCUUUAUGGUCCAGAUCUUCCUAAAGCAGCUCCGGGCAGUUGAGGGGGGAAGCACCAGCACCCUCUGUCCUCUCUUUCUCCUCUCUGUCCCUCUCUGUCUGUCUGUCUCACCUCUUCGCCUUUGUUUGUAUGGACUUGACUUUCUAGAGAGGGGAGGAUGGCCAAGAUGAGGAUGCAGCUGGUGUGCGCGAUGCUGCUGGCAUUCGCCUCGUGGAGCCUGUGCUCAGAAUCAGAAGAGGAAAUGAAAGCCUUAGAAGCAGAUUUAUUGACCAAUAUGUAUACAUCAAAGAUAAACAAGGCAAAGCUUCCUCAUUGGAAAAUGACCUUUCUAAACAUUUGUGAGCUUUUAAGUAACACAAACAACCAAGAAGAUGAAGAAGCAGGUGAGGGCACAGAAGAGGAUCUCCUACCCAGAAGACAAUUUCCUGCUACUCUUGAUGGCUUCAGUUUGGAAGCAAUGCUGACAUUAUAUCAGCUUCAAAAAGUUUGCCAGAGCCGAACUUUUCAGCACUGGGAGUUACUUCAACAAGAUAUUUAUGAUCCAGAGAAUUCAAGCCAAGAUAAAGACCUGAUGAAAAGAAAAACUCCUUAUAUUCUGAAACGGCAAUUACAUGUGAACAAAGCCAGACGACCAUACAUACUGAAGAGAAAUUCAUAUUACUGACUCAGCAAUUAAAGUAGUGCUUAUUUAGUUCAUCAGUAACUGUGCUUGAUGGUUACCUUAUUUCAACCUUAAAUCUUAUUUGUGUGGGAAACAUAUUAUGGAAAGUGAUCAAGACAAUAGCAUAAUUGUGUCUUUUUUGCCACUGUUGUUUCUGGAUUGUGAUUUUUCCUACUUAAAAUUAAUUGGAUUGAUAUAUUUACAAAUAAAUCUAGUUUCUAAGCAUGA